AUGUUGUACAAUCAAACAUUCAACCUGGAUCAAGUUGCAUUCGCUUCAGAAGGUAUUAAAGAUGCUCAGCAAACAGUAUGUGUCACAAUUAUCAAGCAUUUGCUACAAAUGGGAUCAAACAAAGAGCUGAAAGGAUUGAUGAAAACUGUGAAGAUACAAGACAUUGAUAAUUUGCAAGAUGAAAUGAUGGACAUGAUGGAUAUAAGCAGUGAGAUACAAGAAUCUCUUGGUAGAAGUUUAGUGUGCCAGAUGAUAUUGAUGAAGAUGAUAUCAUGGGUCGUAAGCACAAAUUCAUUAUUAUUAUUUUUCUUUUUUAAAAUGUUAUCUUCACUUCAUGGAAAUGUUUCAGAACUUGAUGCUUUGGAGGCAGACAUGGGUCAAGAAACUGAAGGUGAAGGGGUACCUUCAUAUACUCAACCUGAUAAUGAGCCCGAUCUAAAUGAGGAACUUAAUAUGCCUUUAGCUCCAAGUGGACAUGCAGUGCCAGUGAAACCAUCAAUCAGAUGA